UUUAUUUUGUGCUUAUUAUUGGAAUAAAAUGGGAAGUCCAGAACGAGAAUUGUGUCCUCCACCCUCAGAAGAAGACGAAUUAACUUUACCUCGUGCUAGUAUUAACAAAAUGAUAAAAGAAUUGGUCCCUUCAGUUCGUGUUGCAUUCGAGUCUCGUGAGUUAAUUCUUAACUGCUGUACUGAAUUCAUUCAUCUUAUCAGUUCUGAGGCGAAUGAAGUGUGUAAUCAAAGUAAUAAAAAAACGAUCAACGCUGAACAUGUAUUAACAGCAUUGGAUAGAUUAGGAUUUAGUGAUUACACAGUUGAAGCAGAAGCAGUUCUUAAGGAUUGUAAAGCAGUGGCUGCAAAGAGAAGAAGACAAAGUACAAGACUAGAAAAUCUUGGUAUACCAGAAGAAGAACUUUUAAGACAACAACAAGAACUAUUUGCAAAGGCUCGAGAGGAACAAGCGAAACAAGAUCAACAACAAUUGUUAUUACUACAACAACAUGGUUUAGUUGGAAUGGAAGGCCCUCCCCAGUCAUACGUUCCGCCCCCUCCAGGAAUUAAGCAAGACGACACUGAAGAUGAUGAUUAUUCAUAAAAGAAAUCUAACUACUCACCCAAACUACAACUGCAUUGCAAUCUUUAUAUUGACAUAACUAUUAACUACCUAAA